GUUGCCUCCAUUAACAUCAAAAGAAAGUUAAUUAAAACCAUAAUUUUGUAAGCUUGGAAGCCUGGAAUGUUUCCAACACGGUUGGAAUCUAUCAUGUCACUCGUGGGCUUUAUGAAUUGCUCGAGUCUUGUCUUUUCUGGGAAAUCAUUGUGCACCUCAUCCACAUUUCAUGGCCUGAUGUAUGAGAGUGUCGAUUCUUCACAGGCUGCGGUCACAUUAGUGCUGAAGAACACUUUGUUUUGUUGCAGUAUAUAACCAUUCCCUCAUCAGGUUUGACUUUCUUUUCGAGAGCAGACUUGAGAAGGACACUCUGUGGGCAACAGACAUUUUGGAUGCAAUUUGCGCAAAGCAGGGAACCCCAAAAUGCCGAAAGAUAAUCAUGAUGAAUAUGAAUAUACGCCUUUGUUAAUUAAAGAGCCAGAAGAAACAAGGCGGGCUUUAAAGUUUCCAAACAAAUCCCUUAUUCUGGCUACCUUUGCUGCUUGUAUAGGAGGAACCUUCCAGUAUGGAUAUAACGUCUCUGUCAUUAAUGCACCCACCAAGCAUGUGCAAAAUUUCAUCAACCAAACAUGGACGGAGCGUUACCAAACUGACAUUGCAGUGGAUGCUCUCACCUUAUUGUGGUCCACCAUAGUGGCUAUAUUCACCCUUGGAGGACUAAUAGGAGUAUCACUUGGAGGAACAUUGUCAAUAAAGCUGGGAAGGAAAGGGACAUUGUUGACUAACAAUAUUCUCGCACUAUUGGCUGCGCUGAUGAUGGGUCUGAGCUAUCCCACAGGAUCAUUUGAACUAAUCAUCAUCGGCCGUCUUCUCAUUGGACUAAAUGCAGGCAUUGGCCUUUGUGUUCAACCUUUGUACUUGGCUGAAAUUGCGCCAACUGCCAUCCGUGGUAUCAUGGGAAUGGGAACCUCUGUUUUUGUCACUGGUGGGAUCUUGACUGGACAAGUGAUGGGCCUCAAAGAGCUCCUGGGUAGAGAGGAGUAUUGGCCCAUUCUGCUGUCCACCACAUGUAUCCCAGCGGCCCUGCAGCUCCUGACCCUCCCCUGGUUCCCGGAGAGUCCACGCUUCCUGCUCAUUGACAGAGGAGAUGAUGAGGGAUGCAAAAAAGCCCUGAGGGAACUCCACGGUGUAGCCAAUUGUGACAGAGAAAGGGAGGAAAUGGAAAAGGAGAGGAGAAACUUGGCUGGAUUCAAGGCCAUGAAGCCAUGGGAACUGUUCGCGAAUCGCGACAUGCGUUGGCAGCUUCUCACCAUCAUGCUCCUCAAUUCAGCUCAGCAGCUCAAUGGGAUCAACGCUAUCUAUUUCUAUGCAGAUUAUGUGUUUAGGCAAGCAGGAAUUCCCAGCGAGAGAAUCCCAUAUGCAACAGUUGGCACCGGUGCCUGUGAAUGCCUCACUGCUUUGACCUGUGGUUUGCUCAUUGAGAGUCUGGGAAGGAAGGUGCUCAUUACUGGGGGAUACACUCUCAUGAGUAUCUGCUGCAUUUUGUUCACGCUCACCAUCACCUUUCAGGACACAAGUCCAGUUUUUCCCUACCUGAGCAUGGCAUGUGUUUUUGCCUUCAUUCUCAGUUUUGGAUUAGGGCCAGGCGGUGUGACUAACAUCUUGACCAUGGAGCUGUUCACGCAAAAUGCACGGCCUGCAGCCUACAUGAUUGCAGGUUCCAUAAACUGGAUCAGCUUCUUUCUCAUCAGCAUGAUCUUCCCUUUUAUCGUGCUCGGACUGCAGCAGUACUGUUUCCUGGUGUUUAUGGUCGUGUGCAUCUUGGUGGCACUUUACAUCUUCUUCAUUAUUCCUGAAACUAAGAGCAAAACCUUCCUGGAAAUCCAGAAUGAGUUUAAGUCAGCAGCAAAACGAAGGGCUACAGCACUGAUGGUUCCGGAAUGACACUGUUGGCAACUUCAAAAAUAUGAUUCAUGAAGCUCAAGUUUUAAAGCUUGUAUAUUUUUCUCUUUGCCAUAACGGUGCCUUGUUUGAAUGCUGAUGAUGAGCUGCAGUGUGUCCUUAGAUGGCUGCACAUGCAUGCACUGUGUGAUGUUACUGUGUUUCAGGUUUUUAUUAUUGUUAAUGUAAAGUUUUCUUUCUUCCAUUUUAAUGAAUAAUGCUCUUGUGAGAUUUGUCAUUAAAGGUCACCUGAUAAAAAUUGUUCUAUGAUUGGUGGAAAGGCCCAAUUUCCAUGUAUGAAUUUAGGAUAAUACGACUAAUAAACUUUGAGGAUUAACAUGCUUGAAUCACAAAUCGAAAACCAAAAUGCUAACAUAGUAACACUUACCUAGCAAGAUAGCACUGAGUACUGUCAGUCCCUACAUCAUGCCAUGCAUACUUUCCUGACAAGUAUGCCGUAAUUUUCGGCCAUGUGCCGAAAUGGCAUUUGUUCAAGUUGCUGAAAUGACACUUUUCUGGUCCGGGAGUUGGGCCAAACCCACUGCACAUUCAUCAGGGGUCCCGGCAGGACCCAAAGAUGGCAAAAAAACCCGCCAUUUUUCCGACGGGUCACAGCAAAAUCACAUUUUUUUCAAGUCGCUGAAACGGCA